AUGCCUAAGAAACACGAAGACCCCUCCCCCAAAUCGUCCAAGUCCAAGACCUCCAACACAGCCAAUCCAAGCCUUGCAGCGAGACAAUCUACGGGAACACAGAACAACGGAUCCACACGUCCUCGGGCCGAACGCGAAGGGGGAGGUACCGAGGCUCUGCGAGCCACGACUAGGUCAAAUCAAACAUCAUCCGGCCGAUCCCGAGUAACUGAGGGAUUGCGGAGUCGAGCCGACGCCGACUCGGCGAUUGGCCGCAACAGAACCAGCCCCGAGCCCCCGUCGUAUAUCGACAACUAUCUAGCCUACCGUAAGAAGGCAUUCAUCAAAGUCUUCAUGGCUAAGAUAUGCGAGUGGCUUGACGAACACGUCUGUCCCGGCGAGGAAGCAUUCGACAACGACGGAGAACGUUCCGGGAGCUCUGCCCCUGCAAAGUCGAGAGGUGUCAAGAGAGCGGCCAGUUCUGGCAAAUUGAACCCUGGGCAGAAGAGACAGAACAGAGGAGACGACCAAGAAGAAGAGCAGUCCGAGAAUGACGACAAGCGCGACCAAGAUCGCAACAAGAAACGCAGCAAGACCGACGGAGAUGACAACCGUCCUCGAUUCGCAUGCCCUUACUACAAGCGCGACCCUAUCAAGUACAAGCAUCACCGGAGCUGCUUUGGCCCUGGUUGGCCAGAGAUUCAUCGCCUGAAGGAACACUUGUACCGGCGCCACCGACUCUUCGCCUGCAAGAGAUGCUUCGAUACUUUUGGGAGCGAAAAGGCACUUGAUGAUCACUCGAGGGCCGCUGUCGCAUGCCCACUUCGCGACAAGAAGUCUCACAAGAUGGACCCAAGCGCAGGGAUGGACCAAGAGACUGAGAAGCGCCUGAGGGGACGCAAGCAAUCCAACAAGCAGGACGACAUGGCCAAGUGGUACGACAUUUACAGUACCUUGUUUCCAGGAGAACUUGACGUGAAUAAGCUGCCAAGUCCCUGGUACGACGACCCGGCAAGCAUCAAUAGAAAAUCUGGCGCGACCGAAUCAGAGGAGCUGAAGCGCAACUAUGAGGCUUUCCUGCGACGUGAAAUGCCCAACCUGAUCCAGCGAGAGCUGGAAAAGGAUAUCGAGCGCUGCUUCGAGGACCUCGGGGCCGGGCUCAUGGGCAGGCUCGCGGUUUGGAUCCAGAACAGCUCGGCGCGGUGCGCCAAGAUCUUCGAGAACAUCCCGUCCCCCUCGCAGGCUGCCGCCCUGGAAGACCCGGAAACGGCCCGGAGGAGCACCUCGAGGGCGGCGUCGCCGGCGCACGUUGCGGAGAACGGCUCGACCGGCGGCGGCGUUGGCGAGCCGUGGUACUUUGGGUUCCCCGAGUUCGACGUCAGCAACGCCGCCUAUCUCAACUUCGACCAGCUGGCCGUCCCGACGGAGUUCUUUCCGUCGUACGAUCAGUGCCAUGUCGAAUACGACUCGGCCUACGAUACCGGAAGCCAUGGUGGGUCGUCCGGAGCCCCGCGAGGAUACAUGUAG